AUGAGUUUUAACCUACCCAAUCCAAGUUUAUUAGGUAUAUUAUUAGUAACAUCAACACAUAGCGGACCUCAAUUAAUUUAUAAAUACCCAACAGAUCUAAAAUUAAAUCAACAACCAUCACAACAAUAUCAACCAUUACUACAGAAGAAUGAUAAAUCAAUAAUUGAAGAUUCAACAGAUUCAGAUGAAGAUGAUGAAUUAUAUGAAUAUAAAAACAAUGAUGAUGAAAUAGAUGAUCAAACUGGUCAUCAAUCAUUAGUUAAUGAAAUCAAUGAUGAUAAAGAUUUAUAUGGUAUUACAUCUGAAAGUUGGGAUAUUCAUCAUUUAAAUUAUUACAUGGGUACGCGAUUGGACUUAAGAAGAUUUCUAGAUCAACAAGAUGACCUAAGAGAAAGACAAAGAAAGGAGAAAUUAGAAAAAAAACCAACUUCAUUAAUUAAAACCAUUUCAAAAACAAGUUUGACUCAUAGUCAAAAUAGUUUAACUUCCCUAAACAAAGUAAGUGCAAUAAAUGAAGAAAUUAUAGGAAUUGAUCCGAUUUAUUUAAUUGAAAUGUUAGCACCUCCAAAAGCAAUGUGUAACACGAGAUUUGAAAUGACUAUAGAAGGGAAAAUCUUUUUGGGAUUACCAAUUCAUAAAAAUGAUGAUGGAUCUUGGAAAUCAAUUAAACAUUCAGAAUCAACAACACCUACAAAGAAUAAUUUAAAUAUGUUUCAUUUAGUGUUUAUCAUGAAUCCUCCAAUAAUUGAAAAUAACUAUAGAAUUGAUGAAAUGUUUCAACACGUAGUUUCAAAAGUCUCAUUAGUUUUAAGACAUGCACAAUCAAAACAUGAUUAUAUAGGUCAACAAAGUAAAUUAAUUCAAGCUUUUAGGGAUCAAGGUACAGAUGAGAUUGCAUUAAUUGAAAAAUCAUCAUUAUGUAAAUUAAUAUUUGAUUGUUUUACAGAUAUAAGUAAUUCACGAGUUGCAAAUUUAUCAAUUGAUGGUAAAAUUAAAUCUUUUCAAAUUCCAAUAAAGACCGAAUUUCAUUCAUUACCUGAUCCAACGGUUCCUUAUAUACCUGGGUCAUAUUUAUCAUCAACUGUUAACAUACUAAGCAACAAUGGAUUAAUCAACAUUGGAGAAUCUUCAAAAUACGGUCAGCAACAAAAAAUUAUACAUGAAGAAGAAGAAGAAGAUUCAGAUGAGAUAAUAAUAUACUUUGCAUUGUUGUUAUUAGAUGAGCCAGAGAACAUUAUUAGAGAUAUCAAAACAUCAACAGAUUCAAUACUAGCAAGAUUUAUAAGAAUGAUUCAACCAACAGAAUCACUACUUAAAUUAUCAUUAAGAAAUCCUCAAUUAGAUAUAAGACAAAUAAGAUCAUUUGCAUUUCAUUUAAUAUAUUGGAGAAGAGCAAGAAUAAUCCAACCAUUAUCAUCAAGAUCAGUAUAUAUAAUAUCACCUAUGGCUCCAUUAACUAUAAAAUUAUACGAUGAUAUAACACAAUUUAAUCUAAAAUUCCCCACAUUACCAUCAUUACCUCAUUUCUUAAAAUUAUUAUCACCCAAAUCAAGAAAACCUCAACAAUUUGCAGCUAUAAUUCCAUCAAGAGAUCAUAGAGAUAGUUAUCUUCAAGCAUUAGCAUGGUUAAAUAGAUUCGGAUACGUAACUCAACAACUUACAUUUAUAUGGUUGAAAAUAUCACGUAAAAUUAAAAUAAAAGUAGAAGAAGAUAUAGAGAAUGAAAAUUUAUCUAAAAAACGAAAAAACUCAAAUAAUUUAAAACCAGAAACUAUAAAAACAGCAGAUAAUUCAUCAAAACAAAAAGAUACAAACACAAUUACAAAACAAGAACUUUCAAACACAACAACAAAAUCAGGAAUAGAUAAAUUAAAAGAACAUCUCAAUCAGUCAUCAAAUGUAUCACUUUUGGAAGAAGACGACACCAUAAUUUUAGAUCCAGGUAGAGCAACAACAUUAGAACGAAGAUGGAUUAAUGAAAUUAUUUUUAAUGAAUGUAAAUUAUCUAACGAAUUAAUAAAAAUUUUUUAUAAAUUACUUAAAUAUAUGAAUGGGAAAUCUCCAUUGGAGUUGUUGUUGCUUAAAGAUAAUGUUUCGAGAAAUGAAUUAAAGAAAUUGUUGUUUGCUAUUGAAGAUUAUAUAAUUUCUGUUAGGCAUUGGUAA